UACAGAGCAACCAGAUCCAUGCUUCCGCCUACGACAGUACUGUAUCGACGUGUGUGCCCAGUCAUCAGAGACUCUGGAGACAAAUGGUAUCACAAGAAGCUAGUACAAGAUUGACUUCUAGGCUGUGUCCCACACCCUCACCACCAUGUCAUCACUUCCCUCCAUCCGCCCCAUCGUCAUCAGCGGCCCAUCCGGCAGCGGGAAGAGCACGCUGCUGAACAUGCUGUUUGAGGAAUUCCCCAACAGCUUCGCCUUCAGCGUCUCACAUACCACUCGAAAACCUCGGCCAGGUGAAGUUGAAGGCAAAGACUACCAUUAUGUGAUGAGGGAAGAGUUUGACAAGCUGGUGGCUGCCGAUGGCUUUCUGGAGUGGGCUCAGUUCUCAGGCAACUGCUAUGGGACAAGCAAGAAGUCUGUGGAUGACAUCAGCAAGUCUGGGAAGAUCUGCAUUCUAGAUGUUGAAAUCAAUGGUGUUAAGAACAUAAAGAAAACUGACCUUGUUGCCAGAUACAUCUUCAUCAAGCCACCCAGUCUGGAAAUCCUGGAACGAAGACUACAGGAGCGAGGGACAGAGACUCACGAGAGCCUCAAGAAGCGGAUGGACACUGUGAAGGAAGCUUUAGAUUAUGCUGAUGGCAACAAUUAUGAUUCUGUGAUUGUCAAUGACGUUAAAGAGGAGGCAUACUCCCAGUUGAGGGAAACUUUGAUAGAGGACAUCAAAAGCCUCAAACCCAGCAACUAGUUAAUCUCAGUCACACUCCGUGCAUGUAUUGCUCAGUCUAUCCAGAGGACCAUGACAAUAUACAGGUUGUUUAGAGGUCAUUAUCAACUGUCAGGUAUUUUUAUUACGAUAUUUUAGUACUAGUUUAUACAGAUCUGUCAUGCAAACACAUGGAUUAUUUUCCAUUGUUUGUGAAUGCAAUGUAUUUGUUACAUUGAACUAAAAAGGUUGGGUCUCAGGCAAUAGCUUAUGAGAACUUGUGUGUGUUAGGUGACUACAUUACUACUAAGCCUUGGCUAUAUUUCUGAAGAAAAAGUGUUGAAAUAUUUUGAUUGUUAUUUUUAUUACAAAAUAAUUAGUUUUAUGACAAUUAGGGGUGUAUCACAUGUUAAUGCAUUGCACUGCUUGUCAGUGGUCCUGUUUGAAAUGUAAUGGGGUUUUUUCACAAAAACAUGUUUCUCUUACACUCAGAUUAGCAAUAUUAGCUAUGCAAGCCCAACAAUUUAGUCAUGUAGAAAUGUACUUAAUAGGUUAAGGAGUUACUAGAUAAAUAUAUUUCAUAAACUAUGUGUAUAUUUUGUCAGCACUUUAGUGUAGAUUUCACUGCCAGUACUUAACUUGAACACCAUGAUCACUAUGCAGUUUCUAGGUGGUAUGUUUUCUGAUAUCCUCGUAUUAUGGAUUUUCGGACGCUCAAGAAACAUUAAUUGUUUUUUCGCUAAUCACAUGAACAACUGUAAAACAUCUCACUCACUUAUAGAAGACAACUUGAUCUUAAAAACUAGCCAUCAUCCGAGUAUGCAGCGGGAGUAGUCAUGAUAAACAUGGCCGCCCAGAAAAUAUAUCAUUCCGACAAUACUAUGAAUUAAGUACAUUUGUUUUGCAGCAUGUGGAACAUACUGUCUAUAUCCUGUUUACAUACUUUAACUGAAGGAGUUCUCCCAGUGAGCCAUGUGUGGAAGCUGCUGUAGAUUGCUCUUUGUGCUGUUCCUGAAAUGGUUCCUGAACUGUGGUCUGCUUUAUGAAGUGGCCAUCAGUUGAACUGACAUUGCAAAAUCUUACUGAUACAAUAUGUUGACCAGGCCACAAUGAAUUAAUUGUUCAACUUUCAUCCAAGUUUGUUUUAAAAUGUUUUAUUUUUUUCAUGUCUUAUUUGUUUGAAAAGCUGUUGAAGGCAUCAGAAAUAUGGUUCACAUGAAGCAUGAAUGGUUGGUAGAUGUAUGUAUGUAUGUAUGUAUGUUGUGGAGUGCAUCAAGUAAAUAAGGAUGGAAACUCACACAGGGCAUUGUCAGUACUUUGGGAUAAUAAAAUGAUGAGAUGUGUUUGGUAAUGAGCGGGCAAGGAUGAAAAUCUAGUAAUUAGUUUAUUAUGGCCUAAAGUGAAGCGUUUUAGAAGCGCUCCAAGAGCCCUUUAUCAAUUAGCAUCAAAUAAUGUUAAAUAUCUAUACAAACAGGAAGAGUCAUGUCAGUUCAAUGGUCAUUUGUGGAUGCAGAUGUCUUUUCAUUAUCCAUCUGAAUGUCAGUGUUCAAGUGGAUAGAAGCAGAUCUACAGAGACAUCACUCAGAAGUUGGCACCAAGUCAUCCAUCAGGCCAUCUGCACAGGAUUAGCUCCGGAUGUUCUCUGAAGGCACAUCCAUACGAGUGCUUACUGAUCUGCAUUUUCGCAAAUCAUACAGUUAGUUCCUUGGGGCACAGACUGAAAUGUCUUAUGUACGUAAAACAUGUCCUCAGGUGCGGUUGUUUUCUGACUAAGACAAACCGGUCUAGCACUUUAUUUUUAAAGUUGCUAUUUACAAUUGUUCAUGACACUGUUUACAGGGUUUAUGUGGGAAUUAGCAAUAUCAUUGUUGAUUAGGCUAAAAAACAUAAUAGUCUUGGUUCUCAGGCACUGCCUGCAUCAUCGUAAAGUCUGCUGCUGUUUCGUUUUUAUUUCCAUUUAAUUUUUUUUUAAGAAAUCCUGAUACUUAAUAACAAUGCAAGCCAGUUAGCAUGCAGUUACUUCCCUUUACAUGCACACUGUUUUACUGCACAUCUUGUGUUAUGGUCAUGGCAGCAAUAGGAGUUUGUGUGCUUGUUUAUGUAGGGAGGCCCUGUCCCAGGUUUAUGGUACACAACUUUUUUGGGGGGGUUACAUACUAGUUUGAACAAGCCCCCAAAAAGAAAACCACCACCCACCUGCGCUAUAUUUUCGAAAGUAAUUGCCUGAGAACCAAAUAUUUUAUUUUUUUAAGCCUUAUGUAUGCAUAGUCUUGAAUCUGACAUUGAUUUGUACAUAGUAACUUGUUGUAGAUACUUUUUAACUAAUUGAAUGUCAUGGUAUGUUUGUGGAUAGGUGUCAUUCGUCAAGAAAUGAGGUACUUGCAGAUGAAUGUGGACCUGCAUCAACAUGUCUGUGAAAUACAAUAAACACGGAUGAGAAUGGGGUUGGUUUUUUUAAAAACACUGAAAGUUAGUCAGGGGUCUGGGAGACUAAAUGAUUAUACGUACAUUGUAAUGGCAUGAAUAACAAAAGUGACCCUCGACAUAACGAGGUCCAUGGUAAAUUCUCAUCCCUGAGUACAUCCACAGAGGUUUCAGAUGAACUAGUGCUAAUGUAAUAAAAUCUUUGCAUCUUCAUUUCCACAUUUGAGAUAUCUUUAUUGAAACUAUUAGACCAAUGUAUAAGAACUUUGCAUGAUGACCCCUCAAUAUUGUAUCUUCAAGUGUGCCAAAAUCAUUGAAACAAAUCUAUGAAACGGCUUGAACCAUCUUCCCGAGGCAAGGGCAUUAACUGACCAUAAAAGUUCAGUUUCCACCCUUGCCGAACUAGGAUGGAAUUUCUAGGCUCGAUUGUAGCGCCACCAGCUAUUUCAAGUCAUGUCCCUCCUAUUGAACAAUAAGGUUCCAUCUUGCAUAUCACUUGCAUUUGUAUAAAAUGGCGACACCUUUUCAAGACAAUCUGAUCGAUAAUAAAUCUCUAUUUUGUAUUAAAAUGAGUCUUACCCUGCGAAGUGCAUCAAAUCACUUGAGCACCUUGAUUAAAAACAUGAAAAGAUUUGCAAAUAUCUGUUGAUGCCAGGUUGGCGGUACACUUGCUUUGCAAAUCCUGCAGUCGUCUGAAAUCUGCAUGAAGAAAUCCAUGUUGUUUACAAACCGGUUGUCUAGUUCGUUUCACAAUUUUUUGUCUCAUUAGUCCAGCCAAAGUGUAACUCACGAAACUAGACUUGUUCGGCAACGCCCUUUCCUCGGGAAGAUGGGUUUGAACGUAAUGACAUUUUUGGCUUAACUGUUUGCAAACAUGUAACCAAAUCUGUCAAUAUCAUGCAAUGGAUUCCCCGAGUUCACCAGAGUUCUAGCAUUGGUGAAAGUUGAUGGCUAUCUUUAGUGGAGCACACACAAAAGGAUGUCUGUCAGGGCUUUGCAUACACAUUUUCUAUUGUAACAGUUUCAGUAAAAGAAUUUAAUAUUGUGUUUAAAUGGAAAUUUGUACACAACAGUGAACUUAAUAGCUGGACUUUGUGACAUUCAAAUUGAUUAUUUCCAUCACAGCUAUUUCGGACCUCAUCUUUUCUCAGGACUUCUGUGACUUUCAUCAGCCUAUCAGUGACUUCUUCUCACAAUAGCUCUGACAGAAACUGUUGAGUAAUGGUACACGCUAACCUUGUUGCUUUUGCAGAAACAUACAGUAUGCAUGAACAGUCAAGCAUGAAUACUCUUUCCAUGAAAAAAUACUGAAUUAUUUUUAAAGGCAAGCAGGUGUCAGUUUUAGUUUUGUUACAUUAUAUUUUAUUGUUGUUUGUGAGGGAACUGAAAUGUUACUGGUAAGUCACAUCGGCACUAUUUUAGCCAUACUGUGAUGUUGUUUGUGUAUGUAUUGUGGGUUACAUGUAUUAUUUUAUUUGUGUCUUGUCUGUGGCUUUAAUUAAAGUCGAGUCUGACAGUAAAA